CAUCUUCUUUCUCAUCCUUUCUUCUCACCUUACACUCUGUACCUGGUCUUUAGGGUUUUGAGGAAGCAACUGGACGAGCUCGAGCAGAGGGACAACGCGAGGAAAGAAGGAAUGCGAGCUUUGCGCGAGAGAGAUUGAGAGGAGAGAGAGAGGUGGAGCUGAGAAGAAAAGUGGGAGAACCCGAGAGAUAUUAAGGCAAGCGGUAACCAGAGCAAAAAGACCAGCGACUGAGAUCAAGCAGAGAGAAAGAGAGAGCUGUAGCCCGGCGAACGGGAGCAGGGAGAGACCAUAAGAGGGGUCAAUCUCGGAGAGAAAAACUAGGAGCUCUUUUAGGAUUUCUAGCCUCAAAAUCGAUUCUUGGUGAUGAGACAUAUGAGAACAGGUAAGAAGGGUUCUGUUCAAAAGAAGGAGACGAAGAAAAUUAAAGAAGAGAAAGAUCAAAGAAAUAAGAGAAGCCCAAAAAUGAGACAGCAAGUCCACCAUCAAGGGGAACACAAACAUGAUGACCAACAAGAGCAACUAGAAACUGAAGCUUACUCUGAUUCUGAUUCUGAGAAUUUUCCUGGAAACUUUGAUUCUGAGGAUCAUGAAUCAUUGGGCCAGUUAGAACCUGAGGAAACAGAAGAUUAUGAAUCAUUGAACAACUCAGAAGCAGGAGAAGGUGACGUGUCCAAAGAUGAGAUAGACAAUCAUGAAGACCCAGACAAUACUCAUAGUCAACGUGAUCAAAGUGAAAACUCUGAGUUUUUAGGAGUUGAAGAGAGUGAUUCAUCUGAAGAUGAGGUUGCCCCAAGAAAUACAGUUGGAGAUGUUCCUUUAGAGUGGUACAGGGAUGAGAAACAUAUUGGUUAUGACAUUUCUGGAAAGAAGAUAACAAAGAAAGAGAAACAGGAUAAAUUGGAUUCUUUUCUUGCAAGUGUUGACAACUCGAAAAAUUGGCGCAAGAUUUAUGAUGAGUAUAAUGACGAAGAAGUAGAGCUCACAAAAGAAGAGACCAGAAUAAUUCGCAGAUUGGUUAAAGGAAAGGCACCUCAUGCAGAUUUUGAUCCAUAUCAGCCUUAUGUUGAUUGGUUUAAAUGGGAUGAUGCAAAGCAUCCACUUUCAAAUGCACCAGAACCAAAAAGGAGAUUUAUUCCUUCAAAAUGGGAAAGCAGAAAGGUUGUUCAGUAUGUUAGAGCGAUCCGGAAGGGAUUGAUAAACUUUGACACGCCAAAAGAAGAGCCUCGUUCCUAUCUCUUGUGGGGAGAUGAUUCUAGCUCAGCAGAAACAGCUAAGCAUUUGGCUUACAUACCAGCACCAAAGCCAAAAUUGCCAGGACACGAGGAAUCAUAUAAUCCUUCUUUGGAGUAUAUUCCCAUGCAAGAAGAGAUCAAUUCUUAUCAGCUGAUGUCUGAGGAAGACCGCCCAAAAUUUAUACCUAAAAGGUUCACAUCUUUGAGAAGCAUCACGGCUUAUGAGAAUGCUUUGAAGGACUCUUUUGAGCGCUGUUUGGAUCUGUAUUUGUGUCCAAGAGUUAGGAAAAAGCGGAUUAACAUUGAUCCUGAAUCUUUAAAGCCGAAGUUACCAAGCCGAAAAGAUCUAAGGCCUUACCCAAUGACAUGCUAUCUUGAGUACAGAGGUCAUAAGGGUGCAGUUUUGUCAAUAUCUACUCAUUCUUCAGGACAGUGGAUUGCUUCAGCUUCUGAUGUAGGUGAUAAUGUUAUCGUGGGUAGCAAAGAGGGAAAGAUGUGCUGGUUUGACAUGGAUCUCUCUUCUAAACCUUACAAAAUUCUUAAGAAUCAUCCCAAAGACAUAACAAAUCUGGCCUUUCAUCGGACGUACCCACUGUUUGCUUCAUGCUCUGAUGACUGCACCGCAUAUGUUUUUCAUGGCAUGGUUUAUGCAGAUUUCAAUCAGAAUCCCCUAAUAGUGCCUUUGGAAAUCCUCCGAGGCCAUGGUAGCUCAAAUGGAAGAGGAGUACUGGACUGUAAAUUCCAUCCGCUGCAGCCAUGGUUGUUCACUGCAGGGGCUGAUUCCAUCAUCAAACUUUAUUGUCACUAAGUUGAUGGUGAAAGAAGGUUAAUGUAUUUGUAAAGCUUGUGUCCACUCGACUGGGCGAUUUGGAGAGAAAACUACAUAAUUUAUAGUUAGAGAAGCUUCUCAUCUUGAGGUUAGUGUUUCUUGUAGUCAAUAUAGUUCGAGAAGUUUCUCAUUCCAGAUAAUGGAACAGAGAUUGUUGGGUUCAUCAAAGAAAAAAAAAAGAAAAGAGCGGUCAUAGUUGGGAUGUAACAGUUCUGCCUAAAUUUUGAUUUGUGUAUUAGGAAAUUUUUGCCUUGGGCUUGAACCAAAUAUUCCUCUGAAUUCUGACUUCCGAGCAAAAUCUGAUACUGGCGACACAUUUAGUUCUUGUUUUUGUUUUUUCGUACUCUCUGAUAUAAUUAAAUUAUUAUAUU